AAUAAAGGGCGGACAAGUCGAGCUACAGUUUGUUUUGAUUUGUGUAUCAGGUUGGUGGUUUAUUACGAAGGAGACAGACGGAAACGUAAAGGAAUUAAAAACUCAAAAUUUCCGUUGAAUCUGAACCAUCUAAGCGAACGCUGUGUAAGCUCGCGGGAGAGGUUCUCCCGCCGCAAAGCAUGCUGGGUAAUAUGUUAACGACAGAGCUGCGUUGAUUGGAGGUCCGCGGCGCGUGAAGGCAGAACAUUGAAGACAAAAUAAAGACAAAAUAAAGAAAGUUAAGAGCGAAUUACAGAAGACACCGAAACAGGAGACGAGACGGAAGCUGCUGAAGACAUGUCUGUCUCUCUGUCGGCAGAGAGAGACCGGAUCCAGCGACAGGUGGAGCAGCUGGAGCAGAGUCUAUCUAUAACUCAAAAUGAACUGGAUCAGCUGAGCAGUGAGACAGGUGAAUCAGAUGCUGACACAGAGGAGGAGGACGGUCAGUCUGCAGCAGGUCUGCUGGCUCAGAGAGAGAAGAUCCAGAAGGAGAUCCAGAACCUGGAGGACGUCCUGGGACCACACAGUCCCAUUUGUGUGUCAGAUGAUGACAGUAGCAGCAGCAGUGAUGAGAGCGAGCUGGGUCUGUCUCCAUCUGUGGAGUCGUGUCUUCAGAUGAACCUCGUUUACCAGCAGGUGGUUCAGGAGACUCUGGACCAGCUAGAGACACUGCUGACGCACAACCACAGACAGCAGAAGGACGUGAUGUCUCAGCUGUCUGGACCAAUCAAAGAGGCCCCCAGGGAACAGCGCCCGCCUUCCUCCUGCCAGCAGCCAGUCAACAUGUUCCUGGGACGCUUCCUCAAACCGUACUUCAAGGACAAACUGACAGGACUGGGUCCUCCAGCCAAUCAGGAGACAAAGGAGAAAGCGAACAGGAUGACUGGCAGUCUGGACAACAACAGGCUGAAAGUGAAACGAUGGGAGAGCUGGCAGAAGAUUCUGUUGAUCCACUCAGUAGCUCGAGACAGUCUAAGGAGACUGAUCCAGCCCAAACUGUCCAAGGUGGACUAUUUGAGUCAGAAGCUGUCUUCAGCUGAGCAGAUAGACAGGCAGCAGCUCAUACAGCAGAUAGACAGUCUGGAGAGAGAGAUCGACCUGCUCAGGUGUGUGUGUGGAUCAGACCAGGAGGGAGACAGAGUGAAGAAGGAGGAGGAGCUGAUUGGUGAACGAUACGAAGAACAUGAUUGGCAGAAAAUCUCCAACAUUGAUUUUGAAGGAUUGAGGGACGCAGAGGACAUCCGUAGUUUCUGGCAGAACUUCCUCCACCCGUCCAUCAAUAAGAGUCCAUGGAGUCAGGAGGAGGUGCAGCAGCUAAAGGAGGUCAGCAGGAGACAUGGAGAGAGACUCUGGGAGACCAUCGCCAAGGAGCUGGGGACGGGGAGGACGGCCUUCCUGUGUCUUCAGACGUACCAGCGCUUCGUCUCAGACUCGCUGAGACGAAGCAACUGGACGCCGGCUGAAGACACUCUGCUUAGAGAGCUGGUGGACAAGAUGAGGAUCGGAAACUUCAUCCCAUACACACAGAUGAGCUACUUCAUGGACGGUCGUGACCCUGCUCAGCUGCUCUACAGGUGGAACCAGGUUUUGGACCCGAGCCUUAAGAAAGGCCCGUGGACCAAACAGGAGGAUGAGCUGCUGCUGCAGGCUGUCUCUCGUUAUGGAGAGAGAGACUGGUGGAAGAUCCGAUUGGAGGUUCCUGGACGCACUGACAGCAGCUGCAGAGACAGGUAUUAUGACUGUCUGAAGGCGGAUACGAAGCGAGGGCUGUUUGACAAACAGGAGAAGGAGCUGCUGCGACAGCUGGUGGAGAAACAUGGAGUCGGCCACUGGGCAAAGAUCGCUGCAGAGAUUCCUCAUCGUCGAGACGGUCAGUGUCUUCGAGAGUGGAGGAGGCUGAUCAAACCAGCUGCACCUCGUGCUCAGAGAAGAAGAACAUUUAAAAAUCCACCAAAGAGUUGCAGAGAAGCAAAGAACGAGAAGACGACUGGUCCGGCCAAGAGAAGAAUCAGGAGACGACUGGCGAAACUGAACAAGGAAGAGGAGGAGGAGGAAGAGGAGGAAGAGGAGGAGGAGGAGAUGGUGGUGAAGUACAUGGACAGUGAUGAAGAGGAGAAUAAGGAGGUAGUGGAAGAGACAAGGACUGAGGAGAUGGAGAAGGAGGAGAAAGAGGAGGCGUACACCUUCCCUGCCAUGGAGGAGUGGAUUCCAGCAGAAAAAGCUCAGUGUUCCUUCCUGAGCUGUCAGCUGGUGGAGUUAUCUUCCUCUGGAGACGCCCACAAAGGGAAAUGCAUGCGGUCGACCAUCCUGGGACAGUUUGGGCGCUCAGUAAUCUUCGGACCUCCUCCUAAAGAGCUGCGGUGGGAGAAACGCCACAGCAGCAGCACCAUGAUGAUGGUGUCAUAUGACCAGCUGCGAGCCCACCUGAACCGCCAGGCCGCCAGGUUCAGAUCUGUGCCGCCCCACAUCCGACGGAGGGUCCAGACCGGCAAACGGAAACCGCUGGGCCAAAUGACAAGCAGAGGUCUGGACUACGAGCUGCAGGCGGCUGUGAUGCCGUGGAUUGGCAACCUGCUGAUCCCAGCAAAAACCAAACUGAUAGCAGCCGACUCCAUAAGAGAGCAGGGGGAGAAGACCCAGAUGACCUCAACUCCAGUGUUCCUGCUCCUCCUCCAGACCUUGAAUGUGGACUCUGUCGGCUGUAAGGAGAUGAUAGAGAACAGGAAGAACAAAGUGCCAUUAAUGCCACAUCCUGCACCACCUCCCAUCUCUACUCAGCCAAAGAACCCUAACUCUAUAGCAAACCUCCUGCGGCAGGAGGAGGACCAUCAGCAGCAACUGAUCCUGAAGCAGCUUCAGGUUCUGCCGCAACAAAACACACGGAAACAGCUGCUGCGAAAACAGCGAGCACAGCAGCCUUCUCUUCCUCAUCUCCCAUCAGCACCCUCUCAGAGCCGCCCCACUGUUUUUCAGAUGUCUCCUAGCAUGUGUCCUCAGAUGUCUUCUAGCAUGCGUCCUCAGAUGUUGUUACCUCGGCCAGUUGCUCAGCAUUGUGCUGUCUCCGUCCAGCUGGCUCCUCCCUCUCCCCUGACCACGCCCACUCUUGCUGUUGGUGUCACCUGUCCGUCACCUGGGCCUCCUGCUUCUCAGAGGCUGAAUGUUCCUCCCGUCUCUGUUGUCCCAGGACCCUUGUGUACUACAUCCACCUGCUUCACCUCUCUCUGCCAACAAGCUGAACCUUUGAUUCAAGACCUCAAAGUUGACUCAUCCCCUUCCCCCAGUCAGUGUGUUUCUGCUGGUUCAACACUCACCAGUCAGCCUUGUCCUCCUGGCUCCACCUUGACUCCACAUAUAAGGAGGAGGCAGAAGCUGUCAAAGGAUCAACAGGUUGUUUGCAGCAGUCAGAACGAGGUGGAUGCAGGUGAUGUUGUGGGUGAAGCAUGUAGAAAACUGGUCAGAUCAGGUGACAAUGUAAUGGAGGAAGGACGGAGGAAGAGGAAGCUGACUGUGAAGGCCAGAGCUCUGCAGGAGGCCACUGAAGCCAAGGCUGAAGCCAGGAAGAAAUCUGCUUCGUCUCUACGUAAGAAAGCUCAGAUACAGAACACAGUCGUCCCUGCUUCUCCUCAGCCAACAUCACUUCCUGCUGCUCAAAGACCUCCUCCAUUAGUGGUCAUCUCCUCUGAAGCUCCUUCACUUCCUCCCUUCUCUGUGAACAGUCCCUGCUCAAAAACCACCCUGUCAUCAACUAAAAGCCUCCAUUGUACCCAGCCCCCCUCUAUGCCGACCAAUCAGCACACGGCUACCUCCACAUCAAGCCUACCUGUCCCUUCCCACGUGGAUCAUGACUACAGCACUAGUCAAGAUGACUCUGACUCAGUUCAGCCAAGCCCCGCCCCCAAAAAGCAGACCUCCAGUCUAAGUAGAUCUGACCCCGCCCCCAGCAAGUCUUCCAAAGCACCACCCAGAAGGAGGAAACGAGCAAGGGAGGAGGAGCCAACUGUGACGAGCAGUCAGGAUGAUGAAUGUGUGGAUGGGGCAGGUGCAGGUGUGACACAGGAUGGGAAGAGGGUCCGAAAGCUGAGUCAGAGAGCGAGAGCUCUACAGGAAGCUGCUGAGGCCAAGGCUGAAGCAAAGAAGAAAAGAUCUUCUUCUUCUCGAUCUUCUCGUACGUCUUGCUCUAAACAGGAAGCUGUCGAUCAGAACCGGCAGAUUGCUCCGCUCCCCGGCUUGUCUUUACAUCAGGGUCAGUCCAUGUGGGUCAUGACACCUGGCGGGCUGCUCCAGUUGGUAGAAGUUCCGCCCCAAGGCCUCAAGCUGGCAUUCAUACCAAGCUUCCCGGCCAUGUCCCCUCUGCCAUCCAUCGCACCUGAACGCACCGCCGUCCCCGUACAGCCUGGACAGAUUCAGCCACACCCUCUUCCUGCCCCAGCCUUCAUCCUGCGAGCUGUCCCAAACCCCGCCUCCUCCGCCCAGCCUCCCCCAAAAUUCAUGCUGCCAUAUAAGGGCGUGGUCAGAGUGGACCCUGCAGCACCGCCUCCCCUCAGGAGAGAAGCGCUGCAGUUUGACCCCGCCCUGAUGUUUCUGGAGUCCCGUGCAGCAGUGUGUGAUUGGCUGGGUGGUCGGGGAGGCGUGGUGGUACCUGGAGUGGGUGUGGCUCUUCCUUACCUGCCACCCUUCGUCAGCAGUCUGAGCAUGCUCAGUGCGCUGCUCUGCGCCAAAAAAUGUCUGACCGUCUCAUCCAUUAAACUACUGAGUGAAGCGUCCGAACCAAGAUGUCCUCUGACCGCAGCCUCACCAGACAGCAGCACCAAGGAGACAUCCAGUCAGCCUCUCGACCUGCCUGACUCCACCUCUGAUCUCCAACCAGCCACAGACCAAUCAGCUCCCUCUGUCAGCUCUGACGAGGUGGAGGAGGCGGAGCUUGUGGCCAUGGUACGUCGCAUGGUGGCAGAGCGUUUCUCUAGUAACCCUGCCUACCAGCUGCUGAAGGCUCGCUUCCUGUCUUGCUUCAGUGUCCCCGCCCUCCUGGCCACAGUGCAGCCAAUCACAGAGAAGCAUGUACCUUGCCGAGCAAGUGAGGAGGAGGAGGAGGAGGAGGAGGAGGAAGAGGAGGAGGAGCAGCUGAGGAAGAUGAAAGAAAGAGGGAAACGGAGGAGAGCUGAGAGAUCUUUACUGAUAUGUGACGGUUCAGGAGCUCCAGCCAAUCAUUUCUCAGGAAUCACCACCCCCAGCACACCAACCACAGACCGGACUGAGCAGACCGGACCAGAUCCAGAACAGAACUAGUUGUGUAGAUGAUGAUCCGUUAAAAAGAGUUUAAAAUGUUGAUGAUGUUAAAAUAAGUAAUUUUUACUGGACAUGAACACGAUGUUCUGUCCGUCCUGUUCUCUGGAGGUAAAAACUGAGAGUUUUAUGUUUGACAUUUCACACCAACAGGUUAAUUCAAAGAUCGUCAGGAAUCUGACAUGAGAGUUUGCUGAGUUUUAGAUUUUCUGAUGAUGGAGCUUGACAGUAAGUCACCUGCACAAAAACAGUGUGACAGAUGUAACAAGUUUCACCCUGCAGGUACAUUUUCAUUGAACGGAAAUUGAACUAUUGAACUAGAAAAUCAGAAAAUCUGUGCUGAGUUCACCUCAAAGGGAGUUAGAAACUGAUUGAAUUGUACUAAAAUAUGUUAUGUUAUAUGUGUUUGUUAUUUUUGGUUGUCUUGUUUUGUUCAUAUUUGUAAUGAAAGCGUUCAGAAUUUAUGAGAUGAUUAUUUUAUAAUAAAGCUUAUUUGAAAUGACAA